UUACGCAGAUCACGUGACAUUACGUCGUCACCGGUUCGUUCCUUUCCGCAUCUCUACUUGGUGUUUCAUUCUGUAACUUUAGCAUAAUUCCCCCCCCGGUUUAACCUGUUUGGCGUCUCAGGUAGCAGCUUUUUGUUGGGUGUAAAAGUCGUACAGGUUUCUUUUUUUCUACUGGGCUGCGGUUCUGGACCUGAAAAGGUUUUAUUUUUCAUGCGGAAGCUACUGGAAGAGGCGGGCUAGCCUCUGGAAGCUAACAGCUGUUUGGGUUUCAGCAGCGGAGAGUCGCUGUCAGGGAGCCAAGCUGCCUCAACGGUGUCAGAGGGAAGAAAACCGAAGCUUUAACCGGGGGACGGUUCUGUCAUCUGCUGGUUCUAUGACCUUUGACCCCAUCAUCCAGACUGAGGAUGUACCCGCCUCCCAGGAAGGACUUCAUCGCGUUGACCCUGAGCGACCCCCACAGUCACGCCUACAACAACGGCAAACACCGGAGACAGUCCUGCUGGAGGAAAUGGAAGCAGCUUUCUCGGCUGCAGCGCAGCCUCAUCCUCUUCCUGCUGGCUCUGCUGCUCGUGUUCACGCUGCUCUCCUUCUCCAGCAUGGCGGCGCAGUGGAGAGGGCUGUCCGAUAAGGACGACUGGCUGGAGCUGAGGGACGGAGGUCUGGUUCCCCCGGUUCUGAAGCCGGUAGCCGGGCCCCAUGCGGAGGCGGCUGAAGGGCCUCAAGACCCGAUGGACCCCAGAGGACCGAACAUCCCUGCUUUGGCUAGGCCGCCCACCAAGAGGAAGCCAUUUUCCAACAGAAGAGCUGCACCAAACUCCCGAAAAGAUGGGAAUGCUUUGGACACGGUGAGCGACGCAAAGCAGAACCAGGAAGUGGUUCGGGAAGAAGCUGGCGAGGAAAAGGAGGAGGAGAAGAAAAUUAUCAGCUGGAGAGGAGCGGUGAUCGAAGCCGAGCCGGCCACAGAGCCUCCGUCCAAUCAGAAAGAAGCUGCGGAGCCUCAAGCGCCGGCCGAACCCGCGGCCUCCGUCCAUCAGCAAGUUUCUCCUGGAGCGGCGGAGCGUCUGGAGGCCGUCCGUGAUGCCUUCAGGCACGCUUGGAAAGCCUACCGGGAAUACGCCUGGGGUCACGAUGAGCUCAAACCCAUCUCCAAGUCAUUCAGCGAAUGGUUCGGUUUGGGCCUGACGCUCAUCGACUCUCUGGACACCAUGUGGAUUAUGGGCCUAAAAGAAGAGUUUGCUGAAGCUAGAAGCUGGGUGGAGAAAGAGCUUUCGUUUGACAAGAACGUGGACGUGAAUCUGUUUGAGACGACUAUUCGGAUUCUGGGCGGACUGCUGAGCUGCUACCACCUGACAGAAGACCAGCUCUUCUUGGAAAAAGCUAAAGAUCUGGGGUCCCGACUGAUGCCGGCCUUCAAGACGCCGUCAAAGAUCCCGUUUUCAGACGUCAACAUCGGGAAGGGGACGGCGCACCCGCCGCGGUGGACGUCAGACAGCACGGUCGCCGAGGUUACCAGCAUUCAGCUGGAGUUCAGGGAGCUGAGCCACCUCACCCAGGACCCCCAGUACCAGGUCUGGGCCACAAACUGGUACCACUGGGAGCCUCUGCUGCAGCCGCGGCCAACAAAAUCAAUGCAGACACAGCUGCUGGAGGAUUACCUGCAGGCGGUGGAAGGAGUGAAGAAGCACCUGCUGAGGCAAACCGGACCCGGCAGGCUCACCUUCAUCGGAGAACUCUCCCACAGCCGCUUCAACCCCAAAAUGGACCACCUGGUGUGCUUCCUGCCGGGGACUCUGGCUCUGGGGGCGCACAGCGGCCUGCCGCCGGACCACCUGGACCUGGCCCAGCAGCUGAUGGAGACCUGCCACCAGAUGUACAAGCAGAUGGAGACGGGCCUCAGCCCGGAGAUCGCUCACUUCAACCUGCAGGGCGGCGAAGGCCAGGACAUUUCUGUGAAGCCUGCCGACAGACACAACCUGCUGCGCCCGGAGACGGUGGAGAGCCUGUUCUACAUGUACCGGUUCACCAAGGACGCCAAGUACAGAGACUGGGGCUGGGACAUCCUGCAGAGCUUCAACGCCUACACCAAGGUCCCUGGCGGCGGCUACACGUCCAUCAACAACGUCCGUGACCCUGCUAACCCCGGCCCCCGGGACAAGAUGGAGAGCUUCUUCCUGGGCGAGACGCUGAAGUACCUCUACCUGCUGUUCUCCGACGACGAGGAGCUGCUCAGUCUAGACAAGUACGUCUUCAACACCGAGGCUCACCCUCUGCCCAUAUGGCCUUCUCCGCCCAAAUGAAACCCGGAGUCCCGCAAGGUCCAGGUUUCGGCCUCCUUUAUUUUUCCUAAGGAAAAGGUUUCAUAUCUGAGCUGAACUCGGAUCAGACUCACCAAAACACUUUGUUACGACUCGGUUAUCGACUAAUGACUGUAUAUUUUCUAAUUGCGGGAUAUUAUAAGAGGUGGAAAUCACUCAUUAGUGCUAUUUAAUGUCUGACUCGUACAUUUAGUGGUGAUUUAUCACUCGGAGAUGUUUAAUAAAUGAAUGACUCGAGCUGACCUUCUUAAUAAUCCAGGUUCUUCAAUGAAUGUAGCUUAUUUUUUUCCGGGUUAAUUUAUGUUUAUUUAUUCAGGUUUCAUGGAUGUUUUUGUUUGUCUGUUACUUGGAAAGUCACUUUAUAUGACAUGAAGAAGUUAUUAAACUGUCUGGACCUGAGAUGAACUCGCAAUCAACUCUGACCUGGAAGAAACUUGUAUAGAAAAUAUUUUUGAAGGUUAGAUGGAGAGAAAAAAAUUCAUUUUUUCCUACGAUAAAGUGUUAUGGCCAUCAUACAUGUUGAGGUUUUUCACAGAAAUUCUCGCAAAAACCAACAAAUCCCUGCAUUUUUGUGAUUGUGAUUUUAUUGCAAAUUUUACAGAGAAAUUGUCAAAAUCAUCUGGUUAAAAUUAUACAAACUCCCACCAGUAGGUGGCAGUAUUUCUUUGCUCCACUACUCUACUACCUCAGCUUGAAUUGAUGUCAAAUUAACAAAAACAUAAACAGUAACACAGAGCGCCAUCCCUCUGUUCUCCGAUAGUUGAAGGAAAUUAUCACAAAUCACCACACAAUCAAUGAUUUUGAUUACAAAAAAUCACAAAAACAAUCGCAAAAUCUUGGAGUUACAGAAGAAUAUAGUAAAUUGUCCACAAAACCGUCAAUUUUAACCAAGCUACUCAGAAAUUUUCAGAUUUAUUUCACAUAUUUACUAGAAAAAAGAUUCUUUCCAAGAGGCACGAAGCAUCAGCAUCGACCAAUUUUAAUUUUUGUUUUUCAUUUUUUAUUUUUUUUUACUUGCCAUUGUUUUUCUCUUAUAAACAUGAAAUUAAUUUCCAAGGGUUUUUGUCAGAAAAUCAGUCAAUGUAUAAUUACCGUAAUACUUGGUCAUAGUUUUUACGUUUUCCUGUAUCAGGAAACAAAAAAGAUUUGGAGGAUCAAAAGAAAUAUUUAAAUUGUUUGUAAAAUGUAAAAUAAACUAAAGAGUAAAUAAUAAAGAAUCCAGAUAUAAUGUAAAAAGUUUACAUCAAUUCAACGCUGCUUUUGACUUUUUAAGGCUGGAUUUGAUGAAGGUUAAAGAAUCAAAUCUUCACUUUAAUCUGUGGUGGAAGAUUGUAGAUUAGGGUGAUGGUAAAGAGGCCUUCCAACCUCAAAGAUGAGCCAUUAAAAUCCCAGCUUCAACCUGCAAAAAGCUGCUAAGCCAUUGGAAGGAUGACUUGAUCACUGCAAAACUAAUAAAUAUAUUUUCAAUGAUUAUUGAGAAGGUUGUAAAUAAUUUUCAAUGUGACAGUUUUUAAUAAAAUGUGAAUAACAACUGCAAAGGGGUACAUUUUGCACAUUUUUUCUAUGUUUUGUUAUUUAUCUAGAGAUGCCAGACUCGCUUCCGGGUAGAAAUGUUAGUUUUUGGCUAAAUUAAUCAAAAUAUUAGCAUUUCGUUGAGCUUUUGGAUAUUUGACCUCUUCCUUGUAACAAUUUAUCUGAAUAAAUCCAUUUUCUGGUUCUGAUCCAGCUUUAUGGAAAAGUCUGCAGCUUUUCAUUGAGCUUGCACUUCUGCUAAAAAAAAUAAUAAUAAUAAAAAAAGACACUAAGUUACAAAAUGCUCAUUGCAAAAGAAACUGGAUGUUCCUAAAUAUAUCGGUGGAAAAUUUAGUGGAGGGAAAAACCACCAAUAACAGCAGCCUUGAAAGUAAAAACAUCUCCAUGAAGCCUGAAAAUAUUCAGAUUAUCUGAUGAACUGAAUUUCUGGGUUUUCAUUCGCUGUAACUGAUCAUCAGAAUUACCGUAAUAAAUGCUUAAAAUGUCCCUGUUUGUCACAAAAUGAUGUGAAGUUCAACUUUUUGAAUUUAACUUGUGAAAUAAAAAUAAUCUUUUUUGAUUAAAGUGAUUUAUUAAAAUG